GAAAGAACGUCGUCUCUGCCUUUUUUUCAACAUUUUUAACUGAAAACCCCCGAAAAAUCGCAAAAAAUUUACAAGUUUUCGUCGCAAAUAGUGUAAAUUUUUGUAAAAUCACGAAAAACGUGCAAUGGCUGUGUUAGUUUAAUGCGAAAAUCAAAGUAGAAUUUUUGUACGCUACUAGAACAAAGAGAACAAUGGCAAAGCGAAGCGUUUUUACGAAAGCGAAAACAAAGGAACCCGGAAGUCUGGAAAAUGAACUGCUCCCAGAGGCCUUGAACGACAUUUUUCGGUGCUUUAUUUGCAUGGAGAAGCUUCAGGAGGCCCAUUUGUGUCCGCAUUGCAGCAAAUUGUGUUGUUUUAUGUGUAUUGCACGGUGGCUCAAUGAGCGUCGCAGUUGCCCGCAUUGUCGUCAGACCUUGAGCGUAGCGGAUCUCGUUAACUGUCGUUGGCUGGAGGACGUUGCAUCGCAAGUGGAGAGUCUCCAGCACAUUUGCGCCAACAUCAAGGCGGGAAAUUUUCCGGAGCUGACGCAACAAGACCAAUGCGGGACGCACAAAGAGAAGCUGAGUGUCUAUUGUUGGACCUGUAAAGUUUGUAUUUGUCAUCAGUGCGCCUUAUUUGGUGGCACACACUCAAAUCACACCUUCAAGCAACUGGAUUUGGUGUAUGAAACGCAUUUGCAGCAAGUCAAAGAAGAAGUUUCACAGCUUCGGGCACGUUUGGUCGAGCUUCUGAGUUUGCUGAAGAACAUCGAGGGCAACGUCGACGCCAUUAAAUUCGCAAAAGAUGAAAAAGUCCGGGAAAUCCGGAACGUAGUUGAGCUUAUGGUCGGUCGCUUGGAUACGCAACUUAAAUUCAAAUUACACACGUUGCAGAAGCAAAAGCAAUCCCUUCAAACGGAAACCCGUCAACUUGAAACAAUUCUAAAGGAAAUCGAUCAUCAACUCUUCACUUUUAGCAAAUCUCAGUUGAUAAUGAAGUCGCCGGAACUGCUGAAGAUGAUCCAUCAAGUGCGGAUCAAGCCGAUCAGCAGUUGUUACGAAACUACGCCAAUUUCUGCGGAUUUUGUGAGUGAAGUUGUGCCGCCGUACGACAGUGGAAGCUUCAUCAUGCAAAAUUUUUCAAAAUUACAACAAGAAGCGGAGCCCGUUUACUCGUCGCCUUUACGAACGGACGGUCUUUGCUGGCGCCUCAAAGUCUAUCCCGACGGAAAUGGUCCAGUUCGCAAGGAAUUUUUAAGCGUUUUCUUGGAAUUAUCUGCUGGUUAUCCAGAAACCUCCAAAUAUGAGUAUCGCGUGCAGAUGAUUCACCCGAACACCUCGAAAAUCAUCCAACGUGAAUUCGUGUCGGAUUUCGAAGUCGGAGAAUGUUGGGGCUACAAUCGAUUUUUCCGUUUGAAUCUUCUGGCGGAAGAGGGAUAUCUAAAUACGGCGAAAGAUACGUUGGAAUUGAAAUUUCAAGUGCGUCCCAGCACGUACUUUCAAAAGUGUCGCGAUCAACAGCACUACAUCAGUCGGUUGCAACGACAAGAACAACUGCAUUUGAACAAGAUAAAAGACUUGAAGGGACGAUUGGAUCAGGAAAUUGCGAAAAAUCGAGCUCUUGUUUCGAGUGAAGUCACUACCGUUAAAUUUGUCAAUGGUGGUGCUGCCGAGGAGAAUGACAAUAAGACAGUUUUGAGUCCCAUACGAGAGAAUAAAGUGAAUGGCAGUGAAAAGAAUAGUCUGAAAGCAGCUCUCACGGAAGCUAUUUCUCCGGUGAAGAGUGAAUGUGACAAAAUCAACGGAAAAUCCAACACAGACUUUCUUAAAAUACGAGAAAAUAAGACUACAUUGGCUGUAAAUCAAGUAAAUGGCUCGGCUCGCAACGCAGAUUCCGCCGGAAAUGUCACCAACGAUGCUUUCGACGACCUUUUGCAACUUUUGAACGUCACUUCGUCUACAAGCUCUCCAACUCCCGUCACCUCGUCCAGUAGUGUUCAUCAAGACAACAAGAAACCAACAAGUAUUAAUUUCAUCAAAACCGCUAAAAACCUUUCACACUCCUCACCGAAUUUAUGUUCGUCCUCGUCGGACUUGGAUGUCGACUCUGACUGUCUUUUGGGCGCUGUUGGUGGUGUUUCAACAACUACCACCGAUUUGAAGGCAACUUUCAUCAAUGUCGACUCAAGCUCCGAGGAUGACGAUCCCGAAACCGAUACAAUUUCCGGCGAAAAUUUCGUCGAAUAUGCCGAAAUUGCGAUGGAGCAACGCGUCAAGCAGCAAAAUAAUGCAAAUGACAACAUUGCGAUCGAUGACGAGCUAGUUCUUCUUACAUUAUUCGAUCAGUCCGUCAAUUUGCCGAAGAGAAACUUGUCGCGACAAGUCGGCAAUGGGUUUUCUGAUGCAGCACGGAACUCAGUAAAUGGAGAAAAUGAAGAUCAACUUGAUCGUAUGCUUAAUUUCCGCAAUAAUUCGUUGGCCAACAGCUCAAGUUCCGCUCAGAUACGCAAAUUUGCGGCAGCGAUCCAGAAACCAGAUAACGGAACAAGUAACAGGAAUUCUACAGACGCCGAGUGUCAUACAUUCGAGCCGAUUCGCAAUGCCGAUCAACCGAAUCGGAAAUUUUUGGCACGUGCCAAAGCGAACAAUUGCGUGACACCGACCACAAACGAAAUUUUCUACAAUGAUUUGUUCAGUCCCUCAACAAGUUCCGCAAAUAAAACGUCGUCUGGCGACAAUCCCAUUUUUAUGCCCUCAUUCCAACCAACUACGCUCGCAGCAAAAGCGGCCAAUGCCACAAUCAUCAGCAAGGAGAACAAACGGAACAACAAUGCCGAUCGCUUUUCCACAUUUAGUUUGCAAGACGAGGAUUUGUUCGUAAAUUUUAAUGCCACUGCCAUGGAACAAAAUGUGAAUAAUUUGAAUGGGAAACGUGAAGGCACCACUAAUUGCGAAAGACCAAAUUCGUCCUAAAUUUUUGCAACAAUGCAAUAGUAUCCUAAGACCACGUGACUUAAAAAUUCACAAGGAAAUGCAUUAUUCAUUUUUUAUACUAAAUAUGUACUAACACUAAAUAUUAUGAAACGUACUAUUAGAAAUAAUAAUAAUAAUUGUUAAAAAUUUGUAAAAGAAAGAAAAUUGACGAGAUUUUUACUUGAAUUUUAAAUAUAAGACAUGAAAAACAGGCAACUGCUGGAAAUUUUCUUAAAUGAUGAAAAACUGUUAGAAUUUACUAGAAUUUGUAAU